CGACCCGGGUCGCAACUAGGUCCAAUUUGCAGCUGAACAACUAGCCCCGUCCUCAGUUUGAAGCAGUUACUGUGAUUCAGAAGCUAACAAAUGGGCAGCGGGGAGAAGGGUGUGAUGCUCUGUGAGCGACCAAAGCCCUCCGCGGUCGACUCGUCGCCUGGGCUGAAGCCGUUUCUCCCAUCGUCGGUGCCCUCUAAUAUUGAGCCGCUGGGGCUGGUACCAACCCAAAAGGUGUUCCCUCCCAGCCUGGCGCCCAAGCAGGUUAGCGCCACCAGCAAGCAUGUGAAGUACGUGCGGAACCUGGAGCAGGAGAACCGUGAGGCGGCGCUGCGGGAAGAGGAGCGGCGGAUGGCUGAGGCGGCCAAGGCGGAGAGCGUGACUUCGUUCAACGCGCAACUGCGAGCCGCAAUCCUGACCGGAGAAGAUGUCAGCUUCUGGCGGCCAGCUAAAGGCGCGGAGGCGGUCCGGCAGUCCCUAGCGGAGUCCGUCGCACGGACCGCCGCCCUGGGCAGCGGCAGCCCGCAAUCAACAGCCGCCGCAGCGGCUGCAGCGGAGGCGGCGCGCAAGCGUCUGGAGCUCACGGCGAAUGUUAGCGGGUUCGUGGAGGAGGUGGUUGGCGAAGCCAACCAGAAGCUGACGGCAACGAGCAAGGUCGCCAUGGCCUCGUUCGUAGAUGACCUUUUCUCAGAAGCCGCGGGCGCACUAGCACUAGGCGGCGAGGACGAGGAGGCUGCAGGGCGGGCAGACGGCACAGCGGAGGCCAGCACCAGUGCCGCCGCCGCCGCAGGCGGUGCCAAGCCCGGGGCGGCCAAGGCCGCGGCCGCGGGCGGGCGCAAGGUGCGGGUGGCGUCGGCUGCGGGCAAGCCGGCGUGGGCUCUGAGCUCGGAGCAGGUGGAGAAGCUGGAGGAAGCUGAGGAGGAGGAGCUGCUAAAAUUCGCGGAUGACCUGGACUUUGACAACUUCAUGUCCUCUCUCGACGACCCCGAGCUGCAGGAGAGCGUGCAGGCGCUGCGUGGCGCGGACGGCAAGGGACCAGCGCCGGGCGAGGAGAAGGCCUGGCGCCAGAACCUGGUCAAGGCCAUGAACCAUGUGGCCAUGCGGCAGGUGGCGGCGCGGCGGGCGGCGGCGGCGGCGGCGGGCGGCGCCGACAGGGAUGACGCGUGCAGCAUUGCGGGCAUGUCGGAGGGCGGGGCUAGCAUGGUGUCACGCGCCACGGCUGCGAGCCGGAUGAAGUCAGAGGCGGCGGCGGCGAAACGGGCGGCGCUGGCGGAGGGUGGCGAGGGCGGCGGCAAUUGGGAGUCGUCGACGCGCGCGGGCGAGGACGUGGCGCGGAUGGAGCGGUCAAAGGCGGCGGCGGCGGAGGCGGCGGACUUCCUGCGGGAAAAUCCCGAGCUGCGGGCGGUGCACUCACCGGCGAGUGUGCGCGCGAUGAUCACCAAGACUGAGGCGGCGGGCGCGUCCGGGGGCAGCCCGCUUGCGAAGGCAUCGUGAGGGUCACAGUGAGGUUUUUUGGACUGUGUGGCAUGUGCGGCUUGUGAUUCGGUGUGUCCAGCCUGGCCGGAGGGCGCAGCGGGUAGAGCUUGAAGGCGGGGGCGUAAUGUGGCCACGGCAGUGCGUAAGCAUGGGAUUGGAGCGGCAGACAGGCGCAUGGCACGUAGUUUGGAGGACAAGUGGUCGGCCUGGGUCGGCACCUCGGCGGUGGUCUGGAGAGAUUGUUCUGGACAGUGUGGUUGAAUAUCUGGACUGGUCAUGUAGGCUGCAUGCGUGAACCAAAUGACAUGUUGGAGCUGGUGGAAACUGGGAAUGCGAUGCCCCAUGUACUAAAGGUGCCGUCUGACUGCUGAAACACGCAGCGGGACAGUUGCUUCACCUAUACGGGGAAGACCGUGUAGAUCAGCAGGUGUAAGUGUGUAGCAUCAGGUUCAUUUGGGCUGCCCUGAUUCUCGACGCAAGGUCAUAGAGGGUAGGCGGUGCCCAAGGGGACCCAGGGAUUGCGCCCUGGACUCGACGCGCCAAAGUGCGAGCUGCCAGCAUGGCUGCAUCCAAUCGCCGAGUAUGCUGCGGUAACAAUGCACGGAGGG